ACAUUGAUGCAUAAAGUGUAGAUUUUUCUAACAGAAUCAUUGGAGCAGUGAAAUUCUUAAUCUAAUCUUACUUCGGAAAAGGGCGUGCCAUAUGGCGAGACUUUAGGGGAUACAAAUUCUGUGACUGUUUCAUCAUUAACAAAUUCCUGGCAGCUGAUUAAGUCAGUAUUGACACAACUUUAGAUAUAUUUUUCUUGGAGAAGCCAUAAUUUACAAAGAUGUCUGAUACGGCCAAUAAAAGCAUGUUCUACUGUCGAAUGGGAACAGGAUUAGCGCUGACUACGUUAACUGUGUUAUUCCUCACCAUAGCUGACGUUGCCAUUGCAGUUGCAUACAAAGACAUCCUGGCAGACAAUGAUACAUCUUGUGCUUUGAAAGCGGCAUAUUCUUUGUUCGUUAUUGCGACCAUUGGGCAAUUUGCGAUGGCGGUGUUUGACACCAUCCUUGUGUGUACUACAGUACGGACCAACGUUUCCUGUCACUGUGUGUGUUAUCACAUGAAAGUCAUCACUCAUUUCAUUUCCUGUGCCAUGAUAUUUUUGGGGACCAUGAUAUACGGCAUAAAGAGUCCUGAUAAGGUCGCCUAUUCUUUCUGGCUGGCUCUAGUAGCAGGAUUUUUCGCCUUAGCCAACGCGCUCAUGUGGCUGUUGACCCAACAAACCAAGCGCUUCCUCAAAGAGGCCGGAGUCAACGUUACAAAUCUUGAGAAGGGCAAAAAACACGACGGAAGCAAUUUCACAUAGGCCACGGACGUGUGUGAUGAAAAAAUUCCUUUAAUUAACGUUCAAUUUAUGCAAGAACAAGAUAAAGCAAAUAUAUUGCAUUAUGUUUGGUUUAUAAAUACUAGGAAACGGGGUGUGUGGCGGCAAUGAAAUAAUUGAUAAAAGCUAUUUAAAUUCUCGUAGAUAUCUUCAGUUCAAGAAAAUAUAGCCCAUUAAAAAAAGUGGAACGCUUAAAACGACAUUUCAGAUUUUUUGUUAUGAGUAAGUAGUACUGAAACAAGGGGAUAAGUAGAAUAGUCAGACUGAACAAAUAAUCUUUAGAAAUAUAGAUAGAUUCAGAUAUGCCAUCGGAAUUCUAGAAACUUGCUAACAUCCUAAUGAGACAGUAUACUCGUAGCUACUAUAUAGACUAGAGGCAUAUAGGCCUUAAAGGUCACCUGAGUUCUGAGAUGUUUCAGUAUGAUUGACCAUUUAUGGCACCACCCACCUCCCCAUUGUAGGUCAGUCAGGGUUAACAUGCGAAUACCAACAAAAUAUCAUCCGAUAUUGAUAAAUCUAAGCACGUUAUACAUGUAUUUCCAAUUAGAAUUUAACAAAUCAUGCUUAAAAACAUAUUUGCUCUAUAUAAACUAUAGCAAAGUUUACCCCUCUCCCUGGGGGCAAACGUGUGACCCAAGGGUCAUGAAAUUUACAAUUGUGGUAAAACACUUUAAGACCCUUCCAUCUGUUGGGUGUAUUUGACUAUACCUUAUUUGAUUUUGGAGAGGACGAUUUUUUUUUGAUUUUUCAGGUAAUAUGACCCCCUUUUGCAUCGCACCUCAGUCCCCUGGUGUU